AGUUCCGAACCCUUCACGGCUCAGGUGCCCCGGAAAAGCCCCUGCAACAUCAGAAGACGUUGGUGCCGGUGAAUCUGUCUCUGUGCUGAUGACAAAGGACAAUUGUUGAGCAAAGGGGGUGGAGGCGGCUUUUUUGGAGUGCCUUCCUUUUAUAGUAAACACCAGUUGCUGUCGCCCACCCCUCUGAUGAGCGAGAGACCCACAGCUGAGUAUAUAAACCCUGGGAGCCUGGCUGCCUUUUUGUCCCUCUGCCUCGCUGCCUUCCUGCUGCCAACCAUCCCAGCUCGUUUGCAAGUGACAAACCAUCCUCAUGGCCCCUAAAAAACCGGAUCCCAAGAAAGAGCCUGCCAAGCCAGCACCUGCUCCCGCUCCCGCUCCAGAACCUCCCAAGGAACCUGCUUUUGAUCCCAAGAGCGUCACAAUUGAAUUCAGUGCUGACCAGAUUGAAGAGUUCAAGGAGGCCUUCAUGCUCUUCGAUAGGACCCCAACAGGAGAGAUGAAGAUCACCUACAGCCAGUGUGGUGAUGUAAUGCGAGCUCUUGGGCAGAAUCCUACCAAUGCUGAGGUCCUGAGGGUGCUGGGGAAACCAAAGCCAGAAGAAAUGAACGCAAAGAUGCUAGACUUUGAGACUUUCCUGCCAAUGUUGCAACAUGUUGCACGAGCCAAGGACCAGGGGACUUUUGAGGACUUUGUGGAAGGUCUACGCGUCUUCGACAAGGAAGGGAACGGCACCGUCAUGGGGGCUGAAUUGCGCCACGUGCUUGCUACUCUAGGGGAGAAGAUGACGGAGGGUGAAGUUGAACAGCUAAUGGCAGGGCAGGAAGAUGCCAAUGGCUGCAUCAACUAUGAAGCUUUUGUGAAGCAUAUCAUGUCUGGUUAAAGCUGGAAUCCUCAACGUUCCUGGGGAGGGCAGAGAUUCCAUUCUGCAAGAAAUACUUACCCCAUAUCCCUUCUUCCACUCUUGAAAUCCACAGGAGGUGCCUCUGCCAAAGGAAUCUGUAUUACUACAGUGGAACGGGCUCUGAACACAAAAAAAUGCACACUCUUGCAUCAGUAUUAAAACUGACUAUUUUUGUUUCCUUUCUUGCCUUCUGUAUCAAUUGAUCCAUUCAAAUUAAAACACUCACAUACAUACGUGGA